AUGACUUUCGGCCAUCACUACGUUUAUCUCUUUAUCCUUGCGGUGUCUACUACAAUGACAAGUCUUAUGACCGAUGCCAUGCCGUUGAUAGGACCCGAACAGCAGCAAGUGAUCCGAUCAUCACCACCACCAUCAUCGUCCCAGGCCGCAGCCGCAGCAUCCCUCCUAAAUCAAGUACUCUCUACCGACAGCGAUGAGGACGCGUACUUUGGUCCCUCAUGGAUGACCGAUGAAGGUGAAGAUGAAGAAGGAUACGAUGAUGACCAAUCAGACAUGAGUGACGACGACGAAGACGCAGACGAUGGAGUCGACUAUGGAUUUAUCUUUAGUAUCUUUGGCAGUGAUGAGAGCAGCAGUAAGACCGAGGCAACGUCAACAUCAUCAGCAGCUUCUGUCGUUGUCGAGCAACAGCAGCAAACUACUUUCACUGCAAAGAAGGAUUACAGCAGCAAUAAGAGCGAUAAUAGUGAUGACGAUGAUGCAGUACACCAAGCACUUCUCAUGGUAUCGUCUUCGGAUAUUGAUGACAAUGUCAUCGAAAUGGCAAUUUUGGCCCGCACACGACAGAUCUUUAGGUCUCGUCAGCAUCGCCGUAUUACCAUGUCUUCUGUCCGUUCGUUCACGGUGGAUCGAGAGGAUGGUGAGGAGGAAGAAGAACUCGAUUACUUGUCAGAUACAUAA